AUGAGAGUCACCUCUCACGCAUUAACAAAUUAUUUGCGAAAUUUUUCUGCAGGAUUAUUGCCUAAGAAGACAAAGCCUCUGAGUUUAGUCAGCCUUUGUGUUGGAGUUCUUGGAAGACAUUUGGAGGAUAUUAUUGCAGAUUUGAGUGAAAUUGCUAUCAACUUGCCAGCUGAUAUAAAGAUAACAGUGGCAGCUAUUGCUAGAAGAAGAAAAUUGCUGAAUGAUGAUGUCCUGAUCGCAUUAGCUGAUACUUCCUGGGAAAUCUUUGAUGUCUCCGGCUCAGAUGUCUCUGAUUUUGGCUUAAUAAAAGCAGCUGAAGUAUGUAGAUUCAUUAAAGCUCUAGAUAUAAGUUGUUUAAAGGCCGACUAG